AUGCUGUGUCCAUGGCUAGGUUUCCCCAAUGUUAGGACGCUGGCUAAAGUGUUUCUUGCCGGGACAGUUUUCUCCGAUGCUAGCUGCCUGCCAGAUGCAAUUCCAGCCAGCAAUCGCGUGAACUUGACCAACUCAGCGGGACAGUCAUAUCCGCUGGGAAUCAGUUUUGGUGCCACCUUUCAGCCAGUUCCGCAAAGUACUUCCGCCAUUCUUUGGAUUUUGUUGGAGGAGAUCUAUGGCUACAACCUGGUAGGCUCCAACCUCCUUGCGGGAUCGCAAGCAGCGGCAGCUUUGGCUGGUUGCACAGAUCCUGCCAAUCUCCUCGGCUGUGAUGAAGAGCAUCCUCGAUUCCAUAUUGCACUUGCCGUGGUCAUUGACAUGGCACUCUACUUGCCCAUUUUGAAGAGCAGAGCUCCUAAAGGACUACCGAUGGGUUUGCAGGCCUUUUCAACCAUUUGGAUGCCGGGAGCGGUUCAAGAUGCAGCCCUUGCGGAUGGAACUUCCCUGGGCUGGUAUCAAAAUUGGAACGCUUCGUGGCAUGAUCCCGCCAAGUACUUUGACAGCUUCACUUCCAUCCCAACGUCAGAAUUGACACUGUGCCAAGACAGCUGGAUUGGAAAUGCUGGAAUCAUGACACAGUAUGUGGCCAUUUCAGGGGACAAUGAGGGCCUUCAUCCCAACAAAACGGGCAGAUGUUUGGAUGGAUUUUGGUUUAUUACUCCUGCAUGUCGAUCGAAUCAUUCCCGCUGCGUUCCGAUGAUGACCGCAAAACAGCCUCGUGCAGUUCUGCAGACCUUGCAAAAGGCGGCCGCGUACAGCAUGCCAUUUGCAGUGAACCAGCAUAUGGUUGACACUCCAGGUAUCACCCUUCCCUUGUCCUACAGCAUCGCAUAUUUUCGGCUGUCGCCGGGGGAAACGAUUCUUCUUCCGCUGCGGCCGGUGCCCAUUGAGUUCCCUCCUCAUGAUGAGCUUGCGUGGUCGCAGAAGGACUACAGGACAAUGUUUCGAUCAGGUGAUGUGCACCAGACAUUUAUUAGCUGGAAUUUGGUGCAGUUAGCGCCUCGGAUUGCAAAAUUGAUGGAUCAAUUGAGAUUUCCGAACUCUCUUGUCGAUGAACUUUUAUCUAGCCAAGCCAGCACUGGGGAUGACUGGAAAGAUGUGGCUUGCCGGUGGAUGUUAUCCAAUCGAGAUGUAUGGCUGGGGUGGAUCCCAGAUGAGACUGUGUGCCUUCCCAGCUUUGGUCUCUAUAGCAGCAAUGCCUCUCAAUAUGUGAGCAGCCGGACCCAGAAGCUGGAUCUCUCGUGUCUCCCGUGUGCAUCGGGACGAUUCUCUGAGGAGAUCUUUGACAGCGCAGGAGUCACUUAUAUUUGCUCGCCAUGUUCUGCUGGCACAUAUCAAGCUUAUGGCGCUGCCCGGAGGUGCGAACUGUGCCCUGCAGGUGAGUAUCAAGAUCAACUCGAAGGCAACAGCUGCAAGCGUUGCGGCAUCGGCUUCUAUCAAGAUCAACUGGGAUCGACAGAAUGCAAGGAGUGCUCAGAAGGAACAAAAACGGUGGGUCGAGGUGCACUAUCUCAGCUGGAGUGCGGUUGCAGGGAAGGAUACAUUGAGACAGCCAGAGAUGCGUCCACAGCAGUUCCGGUCUGCGACGUGUGCCAAAAUGGCAUGACUUGCCCGAUAUUCUCAACAGAAGGGAGCUUGAGGACCGGCAAUUCUGACCUUGGCGAAGAUUUCCUUCCUCAACUUCAAGAAGGUUUCAUGAGCUUGCCGGAAGCACCUUUGUCAGUCUUCAAGUGCAACUCGGAUGUGCAUUGCCCUGGUGGUCCUCCUGGAACCUGCGGAGGCGGUCGGAUUUCGAUUGCUUGUUCCACAUGCCGUCCCGACGAAUAUUGGAAGGACGAUGAGUGCCAGACGUGCCCAGCUUGGGUCCGGGCUGCCUGGAUCCUCGUUUUGUGUGUCGGCCUGGCUUUUGUGCCCUUCAGCCGCUUUGCCGAGCUGAAGAUCAGCUCUCCCACUGGAUCCACCUUGGCUUUCACGAUCCUCUGCAUCGUUGAGAUUGGGCUGAACUUGCUUCAAAGCAUGGGCAUUGUGCACCAAAUGCAAUCGAAUUGGCCAGAUUCUUUGGCAUGGUCCUUCUCCUUCCUGGAUGUCUUUGCCUUCAACAUCCACGAGCUGGGUUUCACAUGCCUCGUUGGCACCGAUCCCUUGGUGCAGUACGCUUUGCAGGUAAGCUUCGUGCCCGUGAUGUUGACCUGGGUGUCUUGUGUUCACAUGUGUUUGUCUGUCAUGUGUGUGCAAUGUCGGAAGCUGCAGCGCCUUGCAGUGAAGGGGCCGCACCUUCUGUUGAUCGUGGGGCAGUUCGUCAUGAUGUGCUUUGAGGCGCUGAGCAACAUGUCCUUGGUUCCAUGGAUGUGCUACAGGCAUCCCAACGGAAGCCACAGCAACUUGCAGUUCGCAAGCAUCCUUUGCAGUUCCGAUGAACACAUUGCCAUGACUUGCUGCAGUUUGGUUUUGGGGGUCCUGGUGCUUGCAUUUCUAUCGCUUUGUGGCUGGGUAUUGUUGAAGCUGCCUCGAUGGAGUUUGGAAGGACGAGAAUAUCCGAUCAUCGCCUCGCAGUUCCUGACUGACCAAUUUCGUGCUGAUGCCUGGUGGUUUGGUUUGGCCGUUCUCUUCAGAGGCCCGGUGCUCUCUCUCCUGAUCGCCGUGUUUACCGAUGAGCCGCACGUUCAAAUCAUAUUGAUCGCCAUGGCCAUGAUCUCCUAUUUGGUUGUUCUAUUGUUGGUUUGGCCGUUCAAACUUCCCCUGCUCAAUGCGCUGGAAAGUGCCUGCAUAUGGUCGAUUCUAAUAUUGGUGCUCUGCGGGUCUUUGUAUAUACCCGCGUCAGAUUCCGAGAGCACGGAUUUCUCCUCCAUCAGCACUUUAUUGGCAUUGGCGUUCGCAGUUCUCUUUCUGGGCGCUUCCUUGUUUGCAGCAUUCGCUGCUGGACUUGCCUUCAGUCUGCGACGAAGGGAAAGGCGCUAUGCAUUUAUCAAUCUUGGGAUGCUGCCAGACCACGAGGCUUUGACUCGCCUGCUGUUACUGAUGGCUGACAAGAUCACAGCUAUCGAUAGUGGAAUUCUGGAAGAGAGGCUUGCUGCUCUAUCUCCUUUCGAUAGCAGGUUGGUGCUGUCAUGUAUCACCAUGCUGUCAUUGGAGAUUUUGCCUUUGGAAAGUGAAAGCAAAUGGCUGAAGCACAACAGGCGGGUGCUGUCCAGGUCAUCUUCGAUUCUUCGUAGUGUUGGUUCCGGUUCGCACAGCGAAUUGGUGUCACCAGCACAGCAGCUUGAAGACGCCCACGAAUCCGAGGCCGGAUCACGCGCAGCUUCUGAAGCCACGGUGGAGCAGUGCUUUUGA